AGCUGUUUAUGUUAAACGGGUGAUUUCUGAGAAGCCUCUGCACUGAUCGACCUGAACCAGAUUCCUUUCACUUUCAGUCGUGGCGCCAGCAGAGAGAGCGCGUCCGGUAAAACACAUUUCAGACGGGAGGAGCGGACUAGCGGAUUAGUGCAAAUGCGGUUCAGAAUUUAAGAACAGUUUACGCGUUCUGCUUAAAACAACAAAUCACCUCGCUAACGUGUCAUCAUGGCGUGUGGCAGGCGCAUGCCAGCUCCAGUGUGUCUCAUUGAAAACGAUGAAAAUGGGAAGCUGCGCGUGAAGAAAGAGGCCAGAGACAUUCUGGAUGGGAUCAAUGAGCCGGUGGUGGUGGUGUCUGUGGUGGGACUCUACCGUACGGGGAAGUCUUACCUUAUGAACCGCCUGGCUGGACAACAGUCCGGAUUUGCUCUUGGCAACACUAUUGAAUCAAAGACCAAAGGCAUCUGGAUGUGGUGUGUCCCUCACCCUAAAAAAAAAGGACACACAUUGGUGCUGCUGGACACAGAGGGACUUGGUGACGUGGAGAAGGGGGAUGAGAAACAUGACACAUGGAUCUUCUGUCUGGCAGUUCUUCUCAGCAGUACUCUAGUGUACAACAGCUUAGGGGUCAUUGACAACAUGGCACUGGAAAAGCUGCACUACGUUACAGAGCUGACAGAGAACAUUCGUGUGAAGGCAGAAGUGAGUCAAGACGAGGACGGGUCGACAGAUUUCAUGAGUGUUUUUCCAUCAUUUGUCUGGGCUGUUCGCGACUUCACUCUGCAACUGAUAAAGGAGGAUAAACCAAUAACAUCAGACGAGUAUCUGGAAAGUGCACUGGAAUUAAAACCAGGUUACUCACGUCAGAUUGACAGGUAUAACCUGCCCCGUCGCUGUCUGCGCAAUUUCUUUGCCGUGAGGAAGUGCUUUGUGUUCCCUCGGCCAGCUAGUACGCAAAACAUGAGAAGAAUGGAGGAACUGACCAAGAAAGAACUGGAUUCAGAGUUCCUUGAGCAGGCAAACACCUUCUGUUGUUACAUCUACAACAAUGCAGAGCCAAAAACUGUCAAUGGAGGCCGUACAAUUACUGGAACAGCUCUAGGUAAUCUUGCUGAUGUUUACGUGGAGGCGAUCCGCAGUGGUAAGGUUCCAUGUUUGGAGAAUGCAGUUGUGUCUCUGGCUAAGAUCCAGAAUGUCUGUGCAGUGGAACAGGCCAUGAAGUUCUACAUGAACGAGAUGCUAAGCAUUGCUCAGCUCCCUAUGCACUUAGAAGAGCUGUCCGACAUCCACAAAAUUGCAGAGAAGAAGGCCAUUGAAGUUUUCAUCACCACGUCCUUCAAUGACAUUGACCAAAUCUACCAAAAAGAGCUCAUGGGGAAGAUUCUUGAGGAAUAUCAAGAUAUGUGCCAGCAGAAUUAUCAAGCGUCUCUCAUUCAGUGUGAGGAAGUUCUGCGUGAGGUGUUUGACAAGCUGGAAAAAAGCAUUUCCGAUGGAUCAUACCUGAAACCUGGAGGAUACGGAGAGUACAGAGACACACUCACACAGCUGACCAAUGACUACAGAGAAAAAACACUCUCACAAAUAACGAGCAAGGACGUGUUGAGCAAGUUUUUGAAAGCAAAGGAAGAGGCUGGAAAUUUGAUUCUACAUGCUGACCAAUCUCUUACCACAGCGGAACAGGAGAAAGAGGUGCAGAGAUUAAAGAGUGAGAUCCUAGAACAGCAAAAAAGAAGCAUAGAGGAACAGAACCAAUUACAGGAACAGGCAUUUAAAGACAUGCAAAGAACCCACGAUGAGCAUGUGAAUCAGAUCAUUAGUCAGAUGAAGAGAGACCAGGAGAGAAUGAGGAGAGACAAUGAUCGAGUCCUGGAGGCAAAACUAAAGGAAAGGGAAGCUCUUCUGCAGCAGGGCUUUAAGCAGGAGGCUGCUCAGAUGCAGAGUGAGAUUGACCACCUAAAAUCAAACUGGGAAAAACAGGAGACGUCCCAACCCUCCACAACGAGCAAGGUUUUGGAUGUUCUCGGCACUGCAGCGACUUUGUUCUUGCCAGGAUUUAUUCCUAAAUUAGGUGGUUUUUGUCUGUCCUUGCUUUCAAAACGGUUUUGAAAAUGCAUAUACAUUAUUCACAUACUCACCUAAACAGGCAUAUAUAUUUAUACUACGGGGCUAUUGAAGGAUUGAAAAUGAUUGGCUGACGAAUGUUAUAAGGUAUUCAGUUAUUUUCAGGGAAAUUCAAAGCUAAACUAGUUCCAGGUAGGGCUCAACCACAUUACAUGUUCUCACUGGUGAGGUAAUAAGGACGCUGUUCUUGAAGCAGAUAAAUUUAAAGUUUCACUAUUAGUAGAGAAGCUUCUACCGAACUCAGUUGAAAGAGAUGCACAGACUCAUUACUGUAACUGCAUUAGAUUGCAUUUAUAACUGCGUUAGUCUGCAUAUCAGUGGCUCAAAUUUCGGUUGGCAUUACUAGCUCUAAAGUGACAUUUUGGAAUUAUCAAUGGAAGCCUGGGAUGAGACACGUAUAUAAUCCUAUGAACAAGAACAUUUUAAGGACAAAACCUGAAGUCUUGAAGUACAACAUCUGAACAAUGUUUUGAGGUGUGGUGGUAACCGUAGUAUAAGUGGAAUAAAUGACUUAUUAGAAAAUAAUGCACACCCACAUCAACACCUCGGAUGUGCAUUAUAUACUAAUAAUUCAACGGCUCGUCAUCAAUUAUUCCUUACACACACACACAUACACACACACACACACACACAUACAUAUAUAUAUAUAUAUAUAUAUAUAUAUAUAUAUAUAUAUAUAUAUACACACACACAAACACAAACACAUACACACACACACACACACAGUAUUUAUUUCUAAAUAAUAAUUUCUAAAUAACUGUUCUUGCAGAUGCUACAUGUAUAUAUAUUGCCACACACCAAUAUUGCUACCAACAUAUAUAGCCUAAAAUAUAUAUAUAGUAUAUAUUUAUUGUUAGUUGCUAUUCUUGCAGAUGCCAUAUUAACUGACAAGCAAGCGCAAACAUUUGUAAUGAACUAUGAACAAAGCUGUUAUCAAAGUGACUGCCUUCUUUUCCAUGUAACAUUAAACGAUUCACAAACUCUGUGAAUCCUGAUGUAAAUCUUCCUUGUAGCUUCCAAUUGACAGUGAUAUUUAGCCAUUUUGAAAUUAUGACUUCGGCCUAUAUCUGUGUUCAGUUGGCUGACAAAAACAAAGCUUCGACAGUGAACAGUAGUGUGGUACUUAGUGCUUAAAAGUUUAGCAAACAGACUAAAUGUUCUUAAACUGAAUUAGAGUGUAUUCACUUUUUGUUUUUUAUUUGCUUGUAAUCAGAUGGAAGAAACUCUGUGCUGUUUAUUGUGACAUCCCUAUAUGCUGAAUGUGGUGACUGCAGUUUUCUGUGAAAUAUAAUGAAUGUUUCUUGAUUCAGGCUGAUUGUGUAUUGUGUAUUGUAUUCAGGCUAGUUAAUGUGAGAAUAAAAACCUGCACUUAGUUCUCAGUUAAGGGGAAAAGUACUGGCUGUGUGUAUUGUGCAUGCAUUUGCUAAUACCUUCUUACUCCUGAUCUGUACUGAAGACAUCACUGGCUGGUGAUGUUGUUGCGGUUUCUUUCAAUUUUUGAACAUUCCUUACCUCCUAACCCAUAACUUACAUAUGGCAAUGUAUCCCUGGCAUUGAGUUAUACCCUUGUUGAACAAUAAAAUGCUGAAAAAGCUUAAACAUGGAA